AUGGAGACAGACACCGCUAGUACGCAGUCACUCCCGCAACCCCCGCACCUCACCAAAAGACGAGUCAGCUUUGCCGAGGCCCUAGCAGUUCGCCCAAAACUCAAGGAAGCUCCAGUUGACUCUGGAAGCAACCACGAAACUGAGGCUCUGGCAAAGAGGGAUAGAGAUGCUAUUAAGGCAGCUGCAGGAGGAUGGGAAAUCGAACGGUCAAUAUACAAGAAGAAAGUGGCCGGCUCACGCACGAAGGGAGAAGAAUCGCAGUUGCCAGUUCCGAAGGAACCUGUCAGAAGAAACACUGCGAUUUGA